AUAACUUCGAGUUUUUACUUCCGGUUUAGUCCUAUAAUACUGAUAGUGCUUGUGUUUCUUUAAAUUUCAGUGAUAUAACUAGAUUUUGUAAUGGCAACAAUGUUGGCAGUGGUGUCAAAAAAAAGUAGUGCAAAAUUAAAACCAGUAGUAGUUCAAGGAUCUUAAAAAACGUAAGUUUAUUAUAAUAAAAAAAUGUUCACCUUUCUAUCUUUUUAAUUACUUUUAAUAUUAAUAUAGACUAAGUUACUAAGUAAGACCAAGAAAACUGAAGAAGUGGACCGUGGAGUUAUGAUUUUUUCGUGAUUUUUUUUUAACCACCUUAUUUAUUUAUCUUUGUAUUUAAAUUAACUGCAAAAACUUGUGACCUACUUUCCAGGUUCCAACUUUCUUGACUUAUAAGUUAUUUUGCCCACAACUUAUUUAUUUUAUUAUAAAAGAUAAUAAUAUGAUUCAUUAUGAUAAAUCAUAAUCAUAAAUGAAUAAUAGUAAUAGUAAUAAUGCUACCAGAUUUUCAGGAGACAUUCUUUCUAUCUCAAUGCAAUGUUAACCUGUGCGGUACUGACCUACUUUUAUUGUCUCAGUACCGGCCAUUAAUUGGCUACUAAUUCCCUGUGGCCCUGGCCCAGACUCAGACAUUAUUUUGGAAUGAGUCAAAAUUUGAUAGGAUUGUUAAUUUAUUUUUUAAAUUUUUUGUUUUAAACAAUUAAUAAUAACAUGUAGUGAAUUAUCUGUUCAAAAAUGGAUAAGGGUGUUAAAAGACCACUUCUAAUCCCAAUUAAAGCUCAAUAAAAUUUUCAGAACAAAAGGUUUCUUCAAGUGGGACUAAGUUGCCAUCAACAAUAGCGAUUAGGUAGCGCAAUGGAAACAAAAUAUACAGAUUCAUUAAAAAACUCAGUAAUUGGUCGAUUUUCAUAAAAUUUGACUAUUCCCCUAACGAAUAAACAUCUGCCCGAGACUGGGGUGAAAGGUUAUAUCCUCGUUUCUAUGUGGCAAAUAGAUGCGCUUCGGCCACAGGGAAAAUGAUCGGCUGGUGAAAAAAGACGCGCUUGGGUCACAGGAAAAUUAGGUCACUUCAAAAAGACUCGCCGGGUACUGUACGGGUUAAUAUUCAAUUUACAACACAAUAAAUAACAAAACAAAUAUGUAACAUCAACGUCAAAACGUUUUGUUUUUGAUAAUUUUAAAUGGGGGUAUGUGUUAAGAAUCCCAUGAACAGAAAAAUAGGAACAAUUAUUAUUUGUUAAGGAAAAAACAAACAAAUAAUGUUUAUUGUAUUUUAAUGAAUUAUAUUUUAAACUAAAUUUAAAUGUAAAAUUAGAUCAAUGUUAAAUUUUAAAAAUAUUUCUUACAUUUAUAAAAGGUAAGCAGAAGUCUUUUUUUUUUUUUAAUGUUAAGUUGAAUGCAUAAGUUUUUAUUAAAAAAUUCUAAUAUCACAAAUAAGACUAAUAUAAAUACAAGCAUACCAGUACUGGGGUAUGUGAUUAAAUUUUAAAAGGUAAUCAGUAAUGGGGAUGUUCUGCCUGUCAUUUUCUAUUUAGAGUGCUCUUCAAACUACUAGGUCGUAUUGAUAAAUCCACAAUCUCUCUUUCAUGUACUUUGUCUUUGUCUAAACGUGCCUCCUUGUAGAUAGGAGGAGUUCUUUAAUAGAAAAUUAAAAUGUUCUCUUGUGUCUAAAUGAAACCUAGAAAUAACAUCUAAUCAUAUCCUGAAUCUACACAAUUUGUUAUUGCUUUUUAAUGGUGUUCAAUUUUUUUGUUCAGUAAAACAAAUUUCUUUUACUACUAUUUUAUUAGAAAUAUUAAAUAUUUCUCCAUGUAAACUGUUUUUGUAUGCCCCAAUAAAAAAUAAUUACUAUGAUGUUGAGUCUUAUUUGUUUAUUUGAUGUCUUUGAUUUAUAAUUAAAUGCCUUAUUAAUUAAACAAAUACUAAUUUAAAUUAGGCCUGCAAGUGUAAAUGCAUUUGUAGUAAUAGAAUAGUAGUUUUAGUUAAUUAGUAAUAUUAGUACUGGUAUUAGGCUUAGUAUACACUAUAAUAUAGUAAUAAUGUUCUCUUAUAGGAGUAAUGUCACUAAUUAGAGAAUAAAAAUUGAUAUUAUUACAAUUAUUACACUAUUAUUGAUUCAAUAAAGAAUAAGGGAUAUAAUGUUUAUAUUAAAUGCUUUCAUAAAAUUUCUAAACUUAAAUUGAUUUUAUACAUAUUAUUAUUGUAUAAUUAUUUGUGUAAAUCAAGAGACAAAACUCACAACAGACUAUACAAACUAAAAUGAAUAAAAACUGAAUUUACUGGAGUGUAUUAAUUUCUAAUAAUAUUGGAAAACUGUUUCUCAUUAAUUAACUGAUAAGUGUUACACGGAUUUUUGAAGAUGAACAAUAACGGUCAUCUUUUUUUAUUUCUUCGUCUUAAAUUUAUAAUGACGAGAGUCAUUUCUGACAACCCAAUUUUUUAUUUUAUUUGAGGGGGGGAUAACUGUUGAAAAUAUCACAUGUUCAUAAAUUCUUUGGUGCCUAACUUUUUUCAGCUAUUGCUAUUAUUAAUGAAAUAAAGUUAUUCCCCUUUGUGAAAAAAUGAAGCUCUAGCUCUGUAAAGCGUUAUGUUCUGUGAGUUUGCAUUAAUAAAUAAUAAGAAAUUAAGUACAUACCAAUCAAUAAAAAUAAAUCUUUUGCCACUCACAAAAUAUACAAUGCUGCAAAAAUGAUAUCGCAGUGUUUUGAAAAAUAUGCGCUCUAUAUUACUGAUGACAAAAUAGUUUAUUAGUUUAUUAUUAGAAAACGGUGAUGUAAAAUGCAAAAAAAAAAAAAAAAAAAAAAAAAAAAGAGGAUAAUCACGGAGAACAAAAAAAAAAAAAAAAAAAAAAAGAAAAAGGUGAUGUAAAAAGCAAAAAAAAAAAAAAAAAAAGAAAGAAAGAUAAUCACUGAGAUCAAUGUUAUGUCAUCAGUGUUCGAGCUAUGUAGUACAAGGGUUGGACUGCGAUAAUAAAGUUAUUAUAUUUGUUAGUUUUUGUAAUUAGGCUAUUGGCUCAAUGUAAUAAUAAUGUAAUUGUCAAUAGUAGGUUAUGCCUUAAGUUAUAACUUUAUGAGACAGGACAUUUUGUGUAAAUAAAACAAUAUAGGCAUAGGUUAGGUAGUUAGGUCUAAUAUGAUCAGAGUUUGAAUGACCAGUAGUUUCAGAUUUCAUGACAUUAAUCUGUUUCCGUAAGGAAAACUUAUUUUAUUUCUUGUUUGCCACUCACUCUUGCGGUCUCAGAUAAGUUAUGUUAAUUCUCUGAUUUUUUAAUUUUUUUUUUGUUUUGAUUUUGAAGGCUUUCAGCUAACAGCUCCAAUUUUUCCCUACUCUGUUGGUUACAUUCCUCAAUGUUUGAUUUAAAGUCAGGGAACGCCAAUUUUGGAAUUAAUUGAAUUUCAUUCUACCUGAUUUCACAGAAUUGUCUGAAGACCUGGACAACUAGAAACUUACCACGUCUGAGGUACUUCACCACUAUUAGAGUAUCUUACGUCCUUAGGUCUGGUCAGUAGAGAAGUGUACGUUAAAACCAGUCUGUCUUUCCUCUUAUGUAAGUAUCAUUCAUAGCAAAGUUAAUCAUUGAUCCUGGUGACCCAUUUGGAUUUUAAAGGGGUAUACUAUAAUUGAGUAUGGUCUGUUUCUGAUGGUCGCACCAUUUUACAAACAACUUUUGGGCCAAUAAUACAUACCAUGGCCAGCGGACCAUUCUCUAAAAUGAGAUAAAAUACUUUUAUUGAUCCAAAUAAAAUAAACGGAAAUGUUUUAAAAAAAAAUUCAUGGUACACAUUAUUUUCAGUCUUGAAAAUUCUUGUUUGAGAAUUUCGUUGUUCCCUAAAAUUAGUCUGUGGUAAGACUUUCGUCUCAUAAAUGUGCUGUAAAAAUAACUGUAAAUAAUUAAAUAGUUAUAGUAGAGGCCGACAUAUGCAAAAUAUAAAUAUCAACUUUUGUUAACGAUGUGGAAGGUGCAAAUUGAAGUAUGCUCUCUGACUCUGUAUGACAUAAAUGGAAUAGUUUUGAUGAAGAUUAAUAUCAUUGAAAGGGACAUUUAUUAAAAAUUAAUCCCACUACAGUAGGCCUAUCCAGUGCAUAUGCCUGUACAUUUUUUAUGAUCACCUUCACCUUAUGAUACUCGAUGAUAGAGAAAAAAAUGGGGGAGAAGCAAGGGCACAAUAAUUUUGAUAUUAAAAUAAUUGAUUGUCUCAAAAAAAAGUUGUACCUACAGAUCUUUAAACCCAUUGUAUUCUUAGGGAAGUGAAACAUAUCAUUUUCUAAAGUCCUAAAAUGUGUGAGGCCAUCACUGAAGAUGGCAUAGAAAACCAGCCGGUGAAACUUGCCAAGACUGUAAGGUAAACAUGAUGAUAAUGUCAGGGCACUCAGUAUAGUCAUUGGGGGACUUGGGGAUUGAAGGGACAGUUACAUCAUAUGGUAUUAUCAAGUUCAUUGAAGUUUUAAAAAAAUGAGAAAAUAUGAAAGCUUUUCAUUAAGUAAAUGGAUCUGCAAUUUGUAUUUAGUAAUACCCUAUCUCAAAUUUUAACAACCAAAUAUAUUAUUUAGAUCAGGCCUCACAAACUCAAUACUCUCCAAGCUUUGUCCUCCACUUUCCAACACUACGGUAUGCUAAUUAAUGCCAAACCUUUGUGGAGUAGGAGUUAAAUAGUAAUGAUGAUAGUGUUAACCUAUGAGAAGUUGGAGCUAAAUAGUCGUGAUGAUAAGUAGGAGUUACUUAGUCAUUAGAUGUUUUAUUUAAUCUAUGAAAAAUUCCUAUUAUUUUAUGAUCUGCAGGGAAACGGGACAGAAAUGUGUCAAGUGUGAUAAUCCUGGAAUACUUAUAACUCGAAUUGAUGACUCCUUCUGCAAGUAAGAUUAAUACAGGAGCUAUCUCUGUGUAACUAAGUUUCAUAAAGUGCUUAUUACAUAUACCUUAAGUGCUAAGUGUACAGUGGUGCAUCACAGAGUACAGCAGUGCAUCACAGAGUACAAUGGUGGAUUGGAGAGUACAGAGUGCAUCACAGAGUACAGCAGUGCAUCACAGAGUACAAUGGUGGAUUGGAGAGUACAGCAGUGCAUCACAGAGUACAAUGGUGGAUUGGAGAGUACAGCAGUGCAUCACAGAGUACAGCAGUGCAUCACAGAGUACAGCAGUGCAUCACAGAGUACAAUGGUGGAUUGGAGAGUACAGCAGUGCAUCACAGAGUACAGUGGUGCAUCGUAGAGUACAGCAGUGCAUCACAGAGUAAAAUGGUGGAUUGGAGAGUACAGCAGUGCAUCACAGAGUACAAUGGUGGAUUGGAGAGUACAGAAGUGCAUCACAGAGUACAAUGGUGGAUUGGAGAGUACAGAAGUGCAUCUCAGAGUACAAUGGUGGAUUGGAGAGUACAGAAGUGCAUCACAGAGUACAGUGGUGGAUUGGAGAGUACAGCAGUGCAUCACAGAGUACAGUGGUGCCUUGUAGUUGUAGAACUCGCCUAUUCUGUUUUUGGAUGGAAUUGGUUCUGCUGGACCUCAUUUCCCAUUCUUACCCUAGGGGGGAAUGUUAUUAGUUUCCGAGCUGGGACGGACCUCGUGGCUAAUGAUUUCUAAAUAUUGACUUGUGUUUCAAAUGGUGUCUGUGAGGUGGAGGAGUGUGUCUCAAAUGGUGUCCAUGAGGUGGAGGAGUGUGUCUCAAAUGGUGUCUGUGAGGUGGAUGAGUGUGUCUCAAAUGGUGUCCAUGAGGUGGAUGAGUGUGUCUCAAAUGGUGUCCGUGAGGUGGAUGAGUGUGUCUCAAAUGGUGUCCAUGAGGUGGAUGAGUGUGUCUCAAAUGGUGUUCGUGAGGUGGAUGACUGUGUCUCAAAUGGUGUCCGUGAGGUGGAGGAGAAAUAGUGGAGUAAAAAACAGUCUUUUUGUGUAACAUUUCUUUUAAUUUAUUGAUAACACUUCAUGCACUAAGUGACCCUGUAUUUCAUUUCCAGGGAUUGCUUUCAAAUUUAUGUCAUUCACAAGUUUCGAGCAGCUAUCGGGAAAACAAAGCUGAUUAGAUGUGGAGAACAAGUUAUAGUUGCAUUUUCUGGGGGAGCAAAUUCUGCUGCCUUAUUGCAUCUGAUUGAACAUGUAAGCUUAUUAUAUACAUGACAUAUGAUUGAAGAUAACCUAUAUCCAGGUAUGAAUUAAGUCAUUGAUAAGAGGACAAGUGAAACAGGGUUAACUUUAACCCAGAAUAGCAUGGUGAUGCACCUGGCCACUUUUAGGUAAACCAUGGUACCAUUAAGAGUACAGGUCAGAGUGUACAGGUCAUAGUGUGCAUGUCAUAGUGUAAUUAUUGUAAAGGGCACAUGCUCAAAUGGCCACUGGAUCUCAAUAAUGAACCAAUUAUUGUAAAGGGCACAUGUCCAAAAUGCCACUGGAUCUCAAUAAUGAACCAAUUAUUGUAAAGGGCACAUGUCCAAAUGGCCACUGGAUCUCCAUAAUGAACCAAUUAUUGUAAAGGGCACAUGUCCAAAUGGCCACUGGAUCUCAAUAAUGAACCAAUUAUUGUAAAGGGCACAAGUCCAAAUGGCCACUGGAUCUCAAUAAUGAACCAAUUAUUGUAAAGAGCACAUGCUCAAAUGACCACUGGAUCUGAAUAAUGAACCAAUUAUUGUAAAGGGCACAAGUCCAAAUGGCCACUGGAUCUCAAUAAUGAACCAAUUAUUGUAAAGGGCAUAUGCUCAAAUGCCCACAUUGUAAAAAAAAAAUGUUAAACAAGAAUUUAUUUUGUUAAUAAAUAAAAAUGCAGAAACUUUUUCUGACUAAUUUUGUCAUGUUGUUUGUGCAGGGUAAAAGUGAGAGGGCCCACCGGAAACUUCGGUUUGUUCCCACCUUAAUUCAUGUUGAUGGUAAGUUAACAUUACUCUCUCAUUGGGUGUGGACUUGGGGGUUUGGGUGGUUGAGUUGGGAUGGCAGCAUUAGUCACAGUGUUAGAGGAGGAAAUAGUUGCUGUAUCAGCCAGUAGUGGUUGUAAACACCUGAAGAGCUGAUAAGUUCUUCAGGGUUGUAAUGUGGUCACGUUGAAUAAGAAUAGGUCACAAUGUCACUUGACUGUCAUGUAUUAGGUCAAGGAAUUGCCAUUGCAGGCAGUGUUUUUAUAGAGGGAAAUUUUUAUGUUGUUUUUGUCUGAUAAACAUUAUGUAAGCUGAAUAAGAUAAUAAAUAUGCAUUGCAAGUUUAACAUGAUGUAGUGUUGAGUCAAGUUACCAUCAAAGAGUUAACACUACCUAGAAAAUAAUAUAAAGCAGCCAAUACUAUAAAGCAGUCAACACUAUAAAGCAAACACUAUAAAGCAGUUCACAUUAUAAAGCAGGAACACUUUGCCUUAGAAGAUAUUUAUAUUUUGGAGAUUACAUUAGAUACUUACGUGCAUACCAUCUCCAGUGUUUUACAUGCAUACCAUCUCCACUGUUUUACAUGCAUACCAUCUCCAGUGUUUUACAUGCAUACCAUCUCCAGUGUUUUACAUGCAUACCAUCUCCACUGUUUUACAUGCAUACCAUCUCCAGUGUUUUACAUGCAUACCAUCUCCAGUGUUUUACAUGCAUACCAUCUCCAGUGUUUUACAUGCAUACCAUCUCCAGUGUUUUACAUGCAUACCAUCUCCAGAGUUUUACAUGCAUACCAUCUCCAGUGUUUUACAUGCAUACCAUCUCCAGUGUUUUACAUGCAUACCAUCUCCAGUGUUUUACAUGCAUACCAUCUCCAGAGUUUUACAUGCAUACCAUCUCCAGUGUUUUACAUGCAUACCAUCUCCAGUGUUUUACAUGCAUACCAUCUCCAGAGUUUUACAUGCAUACCAUCUCCAGUGUUUUACAUGCAUACCAUCUCCAGUGUUUUACAUGCAUACCAUCUCCAGAGUUUUACAUGCAUACCAUCUCCAGUGUUUUACAUGCAUACCAUCUCCAGUGUUUUACAUGCAUACCAUCUCCAGUGUUUUACAUGCAUACCAUCUCCAGAGUUUUACAUGCAUACCAUCUCCAGUGUUUUACAUGCAUACCAUCUCCACUUUUUUCAGAAUGUGGCAUUCUAGACAUAACCCCUGAUGAGAGAAAAGCUAACAGAUGUCAAGUGAUUGAUCUUAUGAAAGCAUCUGGAUUCCCAGCAUAUUUGACCUGUUUGGAGCAGGUGAGGAGUAGUUUAAUUAUGGACAUUAACAACGGUGUUGACAUGAAGGGAUUUCAAGUAUAACAGAGGACUAUUUAAACUAUGAAUAUUUACAACAGGGUUGAUUUUACAUGACUCCAAGGCUAAGAAAAGACUAUUUAAGAUAAUGAAAUUAAAAAUAGUGUUCACUUCAAGUCUAAGAAAAGACUAUUUAAGAUAAUGACAUUAAAAAUAGUGUUCACUUCAAGUCUAAGAAAAGACUAUUUAAGAUAAUGACAUUAAAAAUAGUGUUCACUUCAAGUCUAAGAAAAGACUAUUUAAGAUAAUGACAAUAACAAUAGUGUUCACUUCAAGUCGAAGAAAAGACUAUUUAAGAUAAUGACAUUAAUAUUGUGGCUCGCCGGAUGUACCUCAAAGGAACUUAUUUCUUCAUAUGAUUAGCAAUUAUUUUCAAUUUUGUCCAUAAAGGCACAUUUGAAAUAUAUAGGCCAAUAUAUCAUUUUUUUUGUGACGGUACGCCUCAUUUUGGUGUAUCCGCCCUUUUUAGACUGAUUAAAAAAAUAGCUUGAAAUAAGUAAUAAAUUAUAAAACAAUCUUACUAUUUAGUAACUACUCAAAUAAUAAGGAUUAUAUAAACACUGUGAGUGUGCAUCCCUAAAUUUGGAAUUAAUCAAAUAAAAACCCCACUCCCACUUUUGCUCUGGUGACCUCAGCUGGCAUCCUCAAUUUCUGCACCUAACACCACAGCUUCGUAUAUUAAAGGGGAAAAUGAGGGGCAUUUUUUUAUUUGCAAUAGUGAACUGUACAUAAAUAUAUGAACGUCAGUCAUCUACUUUGAGAAGUGACCUUAAUUUAACAUGCGAUUGGAAUAGUUAUUUUAUAAUAUACAGUAUGUUUAUUUAUUUUCAAGUGGAAAUUGGUGGGCCAAGGUCAUUGGUGCCCCACCAAGAGUAACAUGACCAUGAGCCACCCUAUGUUGAUAAAAAAACAUAACUGCUGAUCAUUAAUAAUUAUGGAAUGGCCAAGAGAAUUUAUUUGAAAGCUGUCAGUCCAGUUCUAGUUGCUUGUUGAUUGGGAACAAAACGCUUUCCGUUAUUUUGUUGAAUAAAUUGUAGUUUUCUGUUUGUCAGGUCCUGGUGAUGGGAGGAGAUGAGACAAGCUCAUCUGUCAAACAUCAACCUACUGACCAUCCGUUGGCCAGGGAUGUUACAGAGCCACAGGUCUGGAUGGUUAAGCCAGAUUCUGAUGGCACUGACAUGCCACUUCCGUCAACAUCUCAAACGGAAAGACUGAAGACCCUUGUUAACAAAAUAGCCUCAUUGACCGGCGCUCAGGAUCUGGUCAGGCAAUUGAGGUCAGUGUUGUGUUGCCACUUAAGUUUAUUUGAACUGGUCUCUGGUGACGGUUCAGCAACUGAGACAUAUAACUUUAACUAGAGACCAGGAUGUGCUCUCAUGGCUAGAAUCUUUGUCCCUAACAUAGUGGUGACGUCGACCCCUCCAACAAUCUAGGUCACUAAAACCUCUCCAUUACCAUUACAUUACCUUUGGGAAAAUCUUUUGUUGUCUUCUGGGGAAACAUAAACUUUAUAAAUUGACUUAACAAAUGAAUUCUUUUUGAAAAAGGGGGCAGCCAUUUUUUCAUUGUAAUUCAAGAGUUUUUGCUGUAAAGUGUAAAGGUCACUCCUACCCCUGUGUUAACUCAUCACAACAUGGCACUGUACUAGAGACAUUUGAUAUGUAGACUCAUCACAACAUGACACUGUAUUAGAGACAUUUGAUAUGUAGACUCAUCACAACAUGGCACUGUACUAGAGACAUUUGAUGUGUUAACUCAUCACAACAUGGCACUGUACUAGAGACAUUUGAUAUGUAGACUCAUCACUAUAUGACACUGUACUAGAGACAUUUGAUGUGUUAACUCAUCACUAGAUGGCACUGUACUAGAGACAUUUGAUAUGUAGACUCAUCACUAGAUGACACUGUACUAGAGACAUUUGAUAUGUAGACUCAUCACAACAUGACACUGUUCUAGAGACAUUUGAUAUGUAGACUCAUCACAACAUGACACUGUACUAGAGACAUUUGAUAUGUAGACUCAUCACAACAUGACACUGUACUAGAGACAUUUGAUAUGUAGACUCAUUACUAGAUGGCACUGUACUAGAGACAUUUGAUAUGUAGACUCAUCACUAGAUGACACUGUACUAGAGACAUUUGAUAUGUAGAAUCAUCACAACAUGGCACUGUACUAGAGACAUUUGAUAUGUUAACUCAUCACAACAUGGCACUGUACUAGAGACAUUUGAUAUGUAGAAUCAUCACAACAUGGCACUGUACUAGAGACAUUUGAUAUGUAGACUCAUCACUAGAUGACACUGUACUAGAGACAUUUGAUAUGUAGACUCAUCACUAGAUGACACUGUACUAGAGACAUUUGAUAUGUAGACUCAUCACAACAUGGCACUGUACUAGAGACAUUUGAUAUGUAGACUCAUCACAACAUGACACUGUACUAGAGACAUUUGAUAUGUAGACUCAUCACUAGAUGGCACUGUACUAGAGACAUUUGAUAUGUAGACUCAUCACUAGAUGACACUGUACUAGAGACAUUUGAUAUGUAGACUCAUCACAACAUGACACUGUACUAGAGACAUUUGAUAUGUAGACUCAUCACUAGAUGGCACUGUACUAGAGACAUUUGAUAUGUAGACUCAUCACUUGAUGGCACUGUACUUGAGACAUUUGAUAUGUAGACUCAUCACAACAUGACACUGUACUAGAGACAUUUGAUAUGUAGACUCAUCACUAGAUGGCACUGUACUAGAGACAUUUGAUAUGUAGACUCAUCACUAGAUGACAUUGUACUAGAGACAUUUGAUAUGUAGACUCAUCACUAGAUGACACUGUACUAGAGACAUUUGAUAUGUAGAAUCAUCACAACAUGGCACUGUACUAGAGACAUUUGAUAUGUUAACUCAUCACUAGAUGACACUGUACUAGAGACAUUUGAUAUGUAGAAUCAUCACAACAUGGCACUGUACUAGAGACAUUUGAUAUGUAGACUCAUCACUAGAUGACACUGUACUAGAGACAUUUGAUAUGUAGACUCAUCACAACAUGACACUGUACUAGAGACAUUUGAUAUGUAGACUCAUCACAACAUGGCACUGUACUAGAGACAUUUGAUAUGUAGACUCAUCACAACAUGACACUGUACUAGAGACAUUUGAUAUGUAGACUCAUCACAACAUGGCACUGUACUAGAGACAUUUGAUAUGUAGACUCAUCACUAGAUGACACUGUACUAGAGACAUUUGAUAUGUAGACUCAUCACUAGAUGACACUGUACUAGAGACAUUUGAUAUGUAGACUCAUCACUAGAUGACACUGUACUAGAGACAUUUGAUAUGUAGACUCAUCACUAGAUGACACUGUACUAGAGACAUUUGAUAUGUAGACUCAUCACUAGAUGACACUGUACUAGAGACAUUUGAUAUGUAGACUCAUCACAACAUGACACUGUACUAGAGACAUUUGAUAUGUAGACUCAUCACUAGAUGACACUGUACUAGAGACAUUUGAUAUGUAUACUCAUCACUAGAUGACACUGUACUAGAGACAUUUGAUAUGUAGACUCAUCACUAGAUGACACUGUACUAGAGACAUUUGAUAUGUAGACUCAUCACUAGAUGACACUGUACUAGAGACAUUUGAUAUGUAGACUCAUCACUAGAUGACACUGUACUAGAGACAUUUGAUAUGUAGACUCAUCACUAGAUGACACUGUACUAGAGACAUUUGAUAUGUAGACUCAUCACUAGAUGACACUGUACUAGAGACAUUUGAUAUGUAGACUCAUCACAACAUGACACUGUACUAGAGACAUUUGAUAUGUAGACUCAUCACAACAUGGCACUGUUCUAGAGACAUUUGAUAUGUAGACUCAUCACAACAUGACACUGUACUAGAGACAUUUGAUAUGUAGACUCAUCACUAGAUGACACUGUACUAGAGACAUUUGAUAUGUAGACUCAUCACUAGAUGACACUGUACUAGAGACAUUUGAUAUGUAGACUCAUCACUAGAUGACACUGUACUAGAGACAUUUGAUAUGUAGACUCAUCACUAGAUGACACUGUACUAGAGACAUUUGAUAUGUAGACUCAUCACUAGAUGACACUGUACUAGAGACAUUUGAUAUGUAGACUCAUCACUAGAUGACACUGUACUAGAGACAUUUGAUAUGUAGACUCAUCACUAGAUGACACUGUACUAGAGACAUUUGAUAUGUAGACUCAUCACUAGAUGACACUGUACUAGAGACAUUUGAUAUGUAGACUCAUCACUAGAUGACACUGUACUAGAGACAUUUGAUAUGUAGACUCAUCACUAGAUGACACUGUACUAGAGACAUUUGAUAUGUAGACUCAUCACUAGAUGACACUGUACUAGAGACAUUUGAUAUGUAGACUCAUCACUAGAUGACACUGUACUAGAGACAUUUGAUAUGUAGACUCAUCACUAGAUGACACUGUACUAGAGACAUUUGAUAUGUAGACUCAUCACUAGAUGACACUGUACUAGAGACAUUUGAUAUGUAGACUCAUCACUAGAUGACACUGUACUAGAGACAUUUGAUAUGUAGACUCAUCACUAGAUGACACUGUACUAGAGACAUUUGAUAUGUAGACUCAUCACUAGAUGACACUGUACUAGAGACAUUUGAUAUGUAGACUCAUCACUAGAUGACACUGUACUAGAGACAUUUGAUAUGUAGACUCAUCACUAGAUGGCACUGUACUAGAGACAUUUGAUAUGUAGACUCAUCACUAGAUGACACUGUACUAGAGACAUUUGAUAUGUAGACUCAUCACUAGAUGACACUGUACUAGAGACAUUUGAUAUGUAGAAUCAUCACAACAUGGCACUGUACUAGAGACAUUUGAUAUGUUAACUCAUCACUAGAUGACACUGUACUAGAGACAUUUGAUAUGUAGAAUCAUCACAACAUGGCACUGUACUAGAGACAUUUGAUAUGUAGACUCAUCACUAGAUGACACUGUACUAGAGACAUUUGAUAUGUAGACUCAUCACAACAUGACACUGUACUAGAGACAUUUGAUAUGUAGACUCAUCACAACAUGGCACUGUACUAGAGACAUUUGAUAUGUAGACUCAUCACAACAUGACACUGUACUAGAGACAUUUGAUAUGUAGACUCAUCACAACAUGGCACUGUACUACAGACAUUUGAUAUGUAGAAUCAUCACAACAUGGCACUGUACUAGAGACAUUUGAUAUGUAGACUCAUCACUAGAUGAAACUGUACUAGAGACAUUUGAUAUGUAGACUCAUCACUAGAUGACACUGUACUAGAGACAUUUGAUAUGUAGACUCAUCACUAGAUGACACUGUACUAGAGACAUUUGAUAUGUAGACUCAUCACAACAUGACACUGUACUAGAGACAUUUGAUAUGUAGACUCAUCACUAGAUGACACUGUUCUAGAGACAUUUGAUAUGUAGAAUCAUCACUACAUGACACUGUACUAGAGACAUUUGAUAUGUAGAAUCAUCACUAGAUGACACUGUUCUAGAGACAUUUGAUAUGUAGAAUCAUCACUACAUGACACUGUACUAGAGACAUUUGAUAUGUAGAAUCAUCACUACAUGACACUGUACUAGAGACAUUUGAUAUGUAGAAUCAUCACUAGAUGACACUGUUCUAGAGACAUUUGAUAUGUAGAAUCAUCACUACAUGACACUGUACUAGAGACAUUUGAUAUGUAGACUCAUCACUAGAUGACACUGUUCUAGAGACUUUUGAUAUGUAGAAUCAUCACUACAUGACACUGUACUAGAGACAUUUGAUAUGUAGAAUCAUCACUACAUGACACUGUACUAGAGACAUUUGAUAUGUAGACUCAUCACUAGAUGACACUGUUCUAGAGACAUUUGAUAUGUAGAAUCAUCACUACAUGACACUGUACUAGAGACAUUUGAUAUGUAGAAUCAUCACUAGAUGACACUGUACUAGAGACAUUUGAUAUGUAGACUCAUCACUAGAUGACACUGUUCUAGAGACAUUUGAUAUGUAGAAUCAUCACUACAUGACACUGUACUAGAGACAUUUGAUAUGUAGAAUCAUCACUACAUGAUACUGUACUAGAGACAUUUGAUAUGUAGACUCAUCACUAGUUAGCAAUGUGCUCGAGACAUUUGAUAUGUAGGUUAUGUCUAUUUAUAGAAACCAACUGCUAGUGGCCACAGCCAGGAACUUGUGCAUCACUAAAGUCCUAACAGCAGAGAGCUCUACACGAAUGGCAGUUGAGAUUCUAGCAGACGUCGCCCAGGGCAGAGGUUCUCAGGUUUCCCUCAAUACAGUGAGUUAGCAAGUUUAGACACCUAAUUUACCAAGUAUAGACACUUAUUUACCAAGUAUAAACACUAAGUUACCAAGUAGAGGCAUCUGAUUUACCAAGUAUAGACACUUAUUUGCCAAGCAUAGGCACCUAAUUUACCAAGCAUAGACACUUAUUUGCCAUGUAUAGGCACCUUAUUUACAAAGUAUAUACACUUAAUUUACCAAUAUAGGCAUUUUAUUUCCCUAGUCUAGACACUUACUUUACUGAAGCAUAGGCACCUAAUUUACCAAGUAUAGAUACUUAAUUUAACAAGUACCGACAUUUAAUUGACCAAGUACCCCUAUAGAACUGAAGUGAUCCAAUUCUAAAAUGAAUCUCCCUUUAGAAUUGCUUAGCAAAGAUCAAUGAGUUGUUUAUUGUUUCCACUCAGGGAUUCUCUGAUACCAGAAAUGGUGAUGUCAUGAUCAUUAGACCUGUCAGGUAAGGCAUUCAAGACUCAUGGUCUUAUCUACCAACACAUUCAUGCAGUCACACCACAUUCAAGACUCACGGUCUUAUCUACCAACACAUUCAUGCAGUCACACCACAUUCAAGACUCAUGGUCUUAUCUACCAACACAUUCAUGCAGUCAUACCACAUUCAAGACUCACGGUCUUAUCUACCAACACAUUCAUGCAGUCACACCACAUUCAAGACUCAUGGUCUUAUCUACCAACACAUUCAUGCAGUCACACCACAUUCAAGACUCACGGUCUUAUCUACCAACACAUUCAUGCAGUCACACCACAUUCAAGACUCAUGGUCUUAUCUACCAACACAUUCAUGCAGUCACACCACAUUCAAGACUCAUGGUCUUAUCUACCAACACAUUCAUGCAGUCACACCACAUUCAAGACUCACGGUCUUAUCUACCAACACAUUGAUGCAGUCACAGCACAUUGAUGAAUGCACUCACAUAUGUUCAUUUGUUGACUCACUAGACAUCCCUGGUCAGUUUUAGAUCAAUGUACAGCAAAGUUUUUGUGUGAACCUGCUUUUGACUGUCCAAUUGGCAGAUGAAAUCAUUUCUGCUACAACAUUUUCUUAAGUGCUUUUAUAAUUUGAAAUCGGUUUAAAAAAUUUAUUUGGAGAUUUUUCUGCGGAUCCCUUUAGGAUCCCUAGUUCACAGUUUGGGAACUGCUGCUCUAACUGGUAGUAAAAAGAAUAUAAGUAGAGUAUUAGUGAUUGAUAAGUUGAAUGUUUUUGAUGAAGUUGAUAAAUGAAUUGAGCUUAGUUUUUGCAUGUACAUGGCUGGAACUGUUGAUUUAAUUGAUAGGCAGAGAUGUGGAGAAGCUCUAAAGUGAUGAGGUGUGUUCACGUUCUCUCAUCAUACGUUCUCUCAUACUUUCUCUCAUCCACAGAGAUCUCAACUCUAAAGAUCUCGCCAUGUUCAACAAGCUCUUUAAUGUCAAAAGUGUUUUUAUUCCAACUAAAGCAUCAAAGGUAGACUUUAUAUUGGUAUCAAUCUAUUUAAAUGACAAGGGGACAAAGUCCAUCAACCUUGCUAGCAUGAUAAAGUAUUUUUUUAAACAUUACAAAUCAAAUGAAACCCUCUGCUAUUUUCAGAUGGGUUGUGACCAAAUUGUUUUUUUUUUUUUUUUUUGUCAGAACUUUUAAAAAUUUUUUUUUUUUUUUUAGACCAAAUUUUUUUAAAGGGGACAAAGUCCAUCAACCUUGCUAGCAUGAUAAAGUAUUUUUUUAAACAUUACAAAUCAAAUGAAACCCUCUGCUAUUUUCAGAUGGGUUGUGACCAAAUUGUUUUUUUUUUUUUUUUGGUUAGAACUUUUAAAAACUUUUUUUUUUUUUUUAUACCAAAUUUUUUUUUUUUUUUUUUUGGUCAGAACUUUUAAAAACUUUUCUUUUUUUUUUAGACCAAAUUUUUUUGUAGACUCAUCACUGCAUGACACUGUUCUAAAGACAUUUGAUGUGUAGACUCAAAAUAAAUUUGGUCCAAAAAUAAAAAAAAAAUUUGGUCACAAAAAAAUUGUUGACCAAAUUGUUUUGUGUGCAGUAGUUAAGUUUUUAAUUACCCAUAAAAGUUAAGGGAAAAUUCAUUAUCAUCAUUAUAUGCAACCUCCAUGAUAAGGCCACCAGUGCAGUCUUCUUCAAGAACAACAACAUCGGUUCAAGACCACGGUUGGAGUACGACAAUGCUGCUUGCUCUCCACCACCCUGUUUAACAUCUUCCUAGAAAGAAAGAAUUAAAGGAAAAAAUAACUCUCCCCAAUAAAUUUUCCUUUUCAAAAUUAAUCACAAUUACAUCAUAAUUUUAAAAAUAAAAAUGAAGAAAAACCAAUUUAAUAUUGUUUGGCUAAUAUGUGAUAAACUUUUAACAAUGAAUGAUAACAUUUUUAAAUUGUCUUUAUGAUAUUGAAAUGUUGUCACAUUCCAUUCAUACAUUUGACAGACUUCCUUAAGUUCCACAAUUGAAAAGUUGACAGAGACAUUUGUGAUGGGAUUACAGGCUGACUUCCCAUCGACCGUCAGCAACAUUAAGAGGUUUGUUUUUAUGCUAUUUUGACAUUGUUAUUACCUGUAAUUGAAUUUUUUUAUAUCAAGCAUCUUUACAAACUAUCAUUGAAAUAAACACUGUUUGAAUGCUAAUUAUUCACCUAAGACAAUGUCUGCCUUCAUUCUCAUUAAUCACCUCAGACAAUGUCUGCCUUCAUUCUCAUGAAUCACCUGAGACAAUGUCUGCCUUCAUUCUCAAUUACCACCUCAGACAAUGUCUGCCUUCAUUCUCAUUAAUCACCUAAGACUAUGUCUGCCUUCGUUUGUUCCAGAACUUCAGAAAAGCUGGGACUUGCUAACACAGAGACCUGUCCAAAGUGUUGUCUGUGUAUGGUAAGUAAUGAAUACUUUUGCUUUACUGUGAUCAAAUUGAUGGGGUUUACAUGUAAGAAGUGUUGUCUGUGUAUGGUAAGUAAUGAAUACUUUUGCUUUACUGUGAUCAAAUUGAUGGGGUUUACAUGUAAGAAGUGUUGUCUGUGUAUGGUAAGUAAUGAAUACUUCUGCUUUACUGUGAUCAAAUUGAUGGGGUUUACAUGUAAGAAGUGUUGUCUGUGUAUGGUAAGUAAUGAAUACUUUUGCUUUACUGUGAUCAAAUUGAUGGGGUUUACAUGUAAGAAGUGUUGUCUGUGUAUGGUAAGUAAUGAAUACUUCUGCUUUACUGUGAUCAAAUUGAUGGGGUUAUAUGUAAGAAGUUAUCCAUCACAUCUUUGGUACAUAAACAUGGCAACUCAUCAAAGUAGAAAUUGGUGAAUUAAAUAGUGAAAAUGAUGUGGUCUUCCUGUUUGAAGAUGUAAGAACAUAAUAGGUGACAGCUUGAAUAAAUGUACAAGACAAUUGACAAUUACCUGGAAGCAUUCAACAGCAAAUACAAUACAAGAAAAAAAGAUUAAGAAAAUCAGAACUCAGCUUGCUGCUGUAAAGCUUGACAGGAACUUAUUAAAUUCAAAACGAAAACAUGACUAAGAAAUUCUAGAACACAAUCUAAGAAGUCUUUAAAUUAGGAUUGUGGUGGUUUUCAAUGUAAGGAAUUUGUUCACUAAUAUAUUGUUAUAAAUAAUGUGUUUGAAAUUGAUAAUUAUUGAUCAACACAUCCAUUUUCAACUACAACAUUUUUGUAAAAAUUCUUUGUGCUAAAUAAUUGAUAAAUCAGGGAUGUCACAUUUCUGUGCUGAGUUUGUUGAACCAUUUCAUUACAUGUCACAUUUCUGUGCUGAGCUUGUUAAACCAUUUCAUUACAUGUCUCAUUUCUGUGCUGAGCUUGUUAAAUCAUUUCAUUACAUGUCACAUUUCUGUGCUGAGCUUGUUAAACCAUUUCAUUACAUGUCUCAUUUCUGUGCUGAGCUUGUUAAACCAUUUCAUUACAUGUCAAAUUUCUGUGCUGAGUUUGUUAAACCAUUUCAUUACAUGUCUCAUUUCUGUGCUGAGUUUGUUGAACCAUUUCAUUACAUGCCAAAUUUCUGUGCUGAAAUCACCCAAUGAUAAACUGAAUUUUCACUAAUUUCAGUCACCACUUGAUACGAGGACGGGCCCCUCAUCCGCACUGAAAGCCAUAGAGUUUUCCCAGAAGAUGUCACGUUCACAUCCCACAGAAAAAAAACCCACUGGAGGGGGAGACAACUGUUGCCGGGAUAAGGGAGAUAACAGGUAACUUGUUUAACAGGGCUACCGGUACAUAUUGGGGACUCCCGCAUUGUCACUAGUAAGACUGUCCAUUGAAAACACCUUAUUUAUAAGAGCUACCUGUUGAGCAAUGAAUAAACUUAAAGGUCUUGUGACCCCAGGGUUUUGUCUUGGGCAAUAUUCAAGUCAGUGUUCAAUGAUCCUUUCUUCAGCUUCCAGAACAAUCUGAUGGACUGUCUGUGCUAUGGGUGUCGGCUGUCUCUUCACAACUAUGUAAGUACAACAUUUGUUCACUGUAACCAAGUCAAGGACUUCUUCAUGACAAGGUUUUUAAACCGUAGUUAUUCAAGAGUUAAUCUUAGGACAAUCUAUUGUUAGGUCUGCCUAUAAGUUUAAGAUGGUUACACUGAGUUACAACUGUGUAGUUAUUCAAGAGUUAAUCUUAGGACAAUUUAUUGUUAGUGUUUGAAUUUAAAUUUCAUCCUUAUCUAUUUAACUAAGAGCUUAACUUUAAUCAAUUUCUGAUGAUCACAUUGCACUGAGCCCACCAUUUUAUUGACAUGUCCUUACCCAAUCUGUCUUGUACAGUCUUUAGUUACCUGACCCAAUCUGUCUUGUACAGUCUUUAGUUACCUGACCCAACCUGUCUGGUACAGUCUUUAGUUACCUGACCCAAUCUGUCUUGUACAGUCUUUAGUUACCUGACCCAAUCUGUCUUGUACAGUCUUUAGUUAUCUGACCCAAUCUGUCUUGUACAGUCUUUAGUUACCCGACCCAAUCUGUCUUGUACAGUCUUUAGUUACCUGACCCAAUCUGUCUGGUACAGUCUUUAGUUACCUGACCGACUCUGUCUGGUACAGUCUUUAGUUACCUGACCCAAUCUGUCUUGUACAGUCUUUAGUUACCUGACCCAAUCUGUCUUGUACAGUCUUUAGAUACUUGACCCAAUCUGUCUGGUACAGUCUUUAGUUACCUGACCCAGUCUGUCUUGUACAGUCUUUAGAUACUUGACCCAAUCUGUCUGGUACAGUCUUUAGUUACCUGACCCAGUCUGUCUUGUACAGUCUUUAGAUACUUGACCCAACCUGUCUGGUACAGUCUUUAGUUACCUGACCCAAUCUGUCUUGUACAGUCUUUAGUUACUUGACCCAACCUGUCUGGUACAGUCUUUAGUUACCUGACCCAAUCUGUCUUGUACAGUCUUUAGAUACCUGACCCAAUCUGUCUUGUACAGUCUUUAGUUACCUGACCCAAUCUGUCUUGUACAGUCUUUAGAUACUUGACCCAAUCUGUCUGGUACAGUCUUUAGUUACCUGACCCAAUCUGUCUUGUACAGUCUUUAGUUACCUGACCCAAUCUGUCUUGUAGAGUCUUUAGUUACCUGACCCAAUCUGUCUUGUACAGUCUUUAGAUACUUGACCCAAUCUGUCUUGUACAGUCUUUAGUUACCUGACCCAAUCUGUCUUGUACAGUCUUUAGAUACUUGACCCAAUCUGUCUGAUACAGUCUUUAGUUACCUGACCCAGUCUGUCUUGUACAGAUUUUAGCUCCCUUACCCUACAUGCCAUGUACUGUUUUAGCUCACCUAACAACCAGUUAACUGCUGACGCUUACUACUAUUCUUAAUAGAAAAAUCUAAAUGACUAAAUUUUUAUUUUCGCAAAUAUGACUGUAAGAGAUGUUUAUUGGCAAGCUUAGAUCAUUGAUACUCUAUGAUGACUGUAAGAGAUGUUUAUUGGCAAGCUUAGAUCACAUCUUGUUACAGCAUCACAUGAGACAAGUCACAUGUAGUUACGGCAUCACAUGAGACAAGUCACAUGUAGUUACAGCAUCACAUGAGACAAGUCACAUGUAGUUACAGCAUCACAUGAGACAAGUCACAUGUAGUUACGGCAUCACAUGAGACAAGUCACAUGUAGUUACGGCAUCACAUGAGACAAGUCACAUGUAGUUACAGCAUCACAUGAGACAAGUCACAUGUAGUUACGGCAUCACAUGAGACAAGUCACAUGUAGUUACGGCAUCACAUGAGAAGAGUCACAUGUAGUUACGGCAUCACAUGCGAUGAGUCACAUGUAGUUACGGCAUCACAUGAGACAAGUCACAUGUAGUUACAGCAUCACAUGCGAUGAGUCACAUGUAGUUACGGCAUCACAUGAGACAAGUCACAUGUAGUUACAGCAUCACAUGAGAAGAGUCACAUGUAGUUACGGCAUCACAUGAGAAGAGUCACAUGUAGUUACGGCAUCACUUGAGAAGAGUCACAUGUAGUUACGGCAUCACAUGAGAAGAGUCACAUGUAGUUACGGCAUCACUUGAGAAGAGUCACAUGUAGUUACGGCAUCACAUGAGAAGAGUCACAUGUAGUUACGGCAUCACUUGAGAAGAGUCACAUGUAGUUACGGCAUCACUUUUAAUCCUGGUCAUUUUUUAACUGACUUCAAUAUGUUGGAUCAAUCAGCAAUGUGUUGGAUCAAUCAGCAAUAUGUUGGAUCAAUCAGCAAUAUGUUGGAUCAAUCAGCAAUAUUUUGGAUCAAUCAGCAAUAUGUUGGUUCAAUCAGCAAUAUGUUGGAUCAAUCAGCAAUGUGUUGUAUCAAUCAGCAAUAUGUUGGAUCAAUCAGCAAUAUUUUGGAUCAAUCAGCAAUGUGUUGGAUCAAUCAGCAAUAUGUUGCAUCAAUCAGCAAUAUGUUGGAUCAGUCAGAUGCAUGAUAUUAUUCUUUGCUUUGUUUUAUUAAGCCAAGUUAACAGUUACAAUUCAACAUGGAUACGAUGUUAUUUUAACGUUUUUGCAUUUCAAAUGAAUUGUAUCGUCACGCAGCUUCUCUUUCACGUACAUGCAGCCAUCAACUCCUUGUUUUUAUUUAUUUUGUGUGAUUUCAACAAGGGUCAGUUCAGACAAGGAGGCCAACAACAAUCACAACAUAUAGAUUCGACCAAAUUAGCUUUUGACCAUACUUCUGUUGAUCAGUUUUCUGUUGAUCAGUUUUCCGUCGACUCAAUUUCUUUUAAACUAAUUUGUGGACACUGGUCCAUUGCUAUCUGCAGUAGAAGGAGAACAAUUUAAGAGGAUAGAAUAAUAAUGAAAUGUGAUACAUUUGAGAAGAGCGGGCUUAGAUGAGGAGUUGUCACCCCUGGCUUGAAUGAGGAGUGGCCACCCCAGGCUUUCAUGAGGAGUGGCCACCCAGACUUACAUGAGGAGUGGCCACCCCAGACUUACAUGAGGAGUGGCCACCCUGACUUACAUGAGGAGUGGCCACCCCAGGCUUAGAUGAGGAGUGGCCACCCCAGGCUUAGAUGAGGAGUGGCCAUCCCAGGCUUACAUGAGGAGUGGCCACCCCAGGCUUACACAAGGAGUGGCCACCCCAGGCUUAGAUGAGGAGUGGCCACCCCAGACUUACAUGAAGAGUGGCCACCCCAGGCUUACAUUAGGAGUGGCCACCCCAGGCUUACAUGAGGAGUGGCCACCCCAGACUUAGAUGAGGAGUGGCCACCCCAGGCUUACAUGAGGAGUGGCAACCCCAGGCUUACAUGAAGAGUGGCCACCCCAGACUUAGAUGAGGAGUGGCCACCCCAGACUUAGAUGAGGAGUGGCAACCCAAGGCUUACAUGAAGAGUGGCCACUACAGGCUUAGAUGAGUGGCCACCCCAGACUUACAUGAGGAGUGGCCACCCCAGGCUUAGAUGAGGAGUGGCCACCCCAGGCUUAGAUGAGGAGUGGCCACCCCAGACUUAGAUGAGGAGUGGCCACCCCAGGCUCACAUGAGGAGUGGCAACCCCAGGCUUACAUGAAGAGUGGCCACUACAGGCUUAGAUGAGUGGCCACCCCAGGCUUACAUGAGGAGUGGCCACCCCAGGCUUACAUGAGGAGUGGCCACCCCAGGCUUACAUGAGGAGUGGCCACCCCAGGCUUACAUGAGGUCAGAGGAGUGGCCACCCUAGGCAUAGAUGAGGAAACAAUCAACAACAAAAUGACCGUUUAGAUGUCUCAAUGGAAUUGUUCCCUUGGAUUAGGUCAUCAAAGGGUUUACGUAAGCAUGAAGUUUGGUUGCCAAUAUUAAUGCACAGACAAUUGUUACAAAGGUGUUACAAUUUGUUUUGUUUCAGGGUGAUGAUUUGAGGAGGCUCCCAACGUUUGUAAGACAGCGUGCAGUGCAUAUGACUCAACUGUAAGAGGUGUUUUCUUCUCAAUUUGUCUUACAAUCUCUUAGACAAUGCCUUUUUUAAUACCUAACAAUUUGUACUUAACUAGUCAUGAAUGAUAAAGUCAUCCUAAAAAAAAAAUGAAUGCAAAAAUUAUUUGUGGCAAAAUACAGAUGGUGAAUUUUUAUCUUUGAUUUGUGGAAUAUGACAUAGUAACAAUUGCAUUAAAAGCUUAGUCUAAAGGGCAGUAACUCACAAAAAUCUGGUAAGAGUACCUAUUCCCACUUGUACCAGUAUUUACAUUUUAAAUCAGUGAUGAAACCAAGACAAUGGCAGAGUCAUCAUAAAUUGAUGUUUGUGUGUCAUAACUUUUGCAGCAUGUGUCAAUAUUAGCAUUUUUUUAUUUACUAGCACACCCCAGGGUCAUUAGUAAUUUUUGUGUUAUUUAUGAGACUCCUGGCUGCCACUUGUAAAAUCAUCAAUGUGUUUAAAGUCAGGUGUUAAAAGUCAGGUCAUGUAACAGUGUUCCAUUUGAUUAGAUUCUGUCAUUAGGUUUCUUAGCUUUUUUUUUCAAUUCUAUGGCCCAUAAGUAAAUAUCCCCUGUAUAUGUGAAUAGUGAACUCACUUGUCACUCUUAAUACACACAUAUAAAUAUCUAUGUAAAUUUUUUUUAUGGGUACAUUUGAAUUAAAUUGAAAUCUCUCACAUACCAAGGAAAGGAUGUUACCUUAUGGUAUUACAGCUACCAAAUUGUAUCAAAUACCACAACAGCAGCUUGCAGCAAUUUUAUUAUUUAAUACCUUUACAACUACAGCUGUUGUAUUCAGGCCAUAGGAGAGCGGGAUUUGUGUGUCUACCUGUUGGUGAGAGGGCCCUUGUUAUAGUAUUUGUAUUUGAUACCAUUACAACUAUAGUAGUUGUAUUUGAUACCAUUACAACUAUGGUAUUUGUAUUUGAUACCAUUACAACUAUAGUAGUUGUAUUUGAUACCAUUACAACUAUGGUAUUUGUAUUUGAUACCAUUACAACUAUAGUAGUUGUAUUUGAUACCAUUACAACUAUGGUAGUUGUAUUUGAUACCAUUACAACUAUAGUAGUUGUAUUUGAUACCAUUACAACUAUGGUAUUUGUAUUUGAUACCAUUACAACUAUAGUAGUUGUAUUUGAUACCAUUACAACUAUGGUAGUUGUAUUUGAUACCAUUAAAACUAUAGUAGUUGUUUUUGAUACCAUUACAACUAAAGUAUUUGUAUUUAUUAAUGCAGUAAUUUUCUCACAAUUUCCAUCUGUACAGAGACGACAUCAAACAACACAUAUCUGACUUUCUCCUGGAUGAGGACAACAGAUAACCAUGGCUCACUAAUGGUCAACCUAGGCUUGCAGACAGACCACAGCUUCCAGACAGACAAUGACAGCUUGCAGACAACAGCAGCUUACAGACAGACAAAUAUGACUUGCAGAGAGACAAUCAUGGCUGGCAGACAGACAAUGCUGAACUUCAGAGAGACAACCAUGGCUGGUAGACAGUUGUGAAUUCAAGAAUAAAAAAAAUACAAUUUCUCUAUUUCUACUCUGACCUUAUUUUAUUGUAUUUGUCAGCCAUUUAUUGAAUACAAGAUCAUCAGAUGACAGUAACAAAACUUGUUGUAUGAACAUUAACUUCUCCUUUGAUGUUAUGCCAG